CAGUGGUCUGCAGACGUUCUACCGGACGCUCGUCUCUAACGGAUCUGUUUUUAAAUUUAAAUCGUGUUAAUGUAAAUAAUUUCCCAUGACGUGUUACCGUGGAAACUUUUUUUGAGUAACUUUUGUAAUGUGUUUUUAGGUGAUUUUUUUUUACCAGAAAUCUUGGUAACUACCGUCUUGAAGUUUAGGUUCCGUAUGCCCGAAAAAAUACAUUAAAAACUGUUUUACUAUGACUUGUCGCACAAUUCUGAGACAGUGGUAAAGAUGACGUGUCCGUUCCGUCGUGCGUCAUCCCAACAGCAGUUCGCGAAUGGAGCUAGCAGUAAAAAGCCAGAGCUACGUUCGCGACAAUCGUCCAUACAUCUUUCUGGACCAGAUGAAGAUGAUGCGGAAAGGAAUACGCUCACAUUAAAGAAUUUGAGUGAAGCAUUACAACUGUUAACAGCGCCAUCGAAUGAUUGCCUUCACGCUGCGGUGACAGCAUUAACGAAGAACCAGGCGGAGCAUUAUGACAAGUACAAUUGUUUCUCCAUUUUAUACAGACGAAGAUUGCCCGAUGACGUAAAAACAUGGAAAAAUUACGCGUAUUUAGAAGAAAUAUAUGACGCAGUCCGUGCUACUGACAGUUUAAAUACAGAAGAUUUCAUGGCAAAAUUAGGAGAAUACCUAAUAUUAACUGCGUUUUCACAUAACUGUCGGUUGGAGAGAGCGUUUAAAUGUCUUGGGACGAAUUUAACAGAGUUUUUAACCACACUGGACAGUGUACAUGAUGUACUACAUGACCAGGAUGAUGUUCUCAAAGAUGAAACAGUAGAGUACGAAGCUGCGUUUGUUUGUACGACAUCAAGAGGGAAAAUCGAGUUGUAUCUGACAACAGAAUGCGAGCCUGUCGCUUAUUUAUUAGUGGGAAGUCUUAAAGCGAUUGCGAGAAGUCUCUACGACACGCAAGCGGACAUAAGACUGAUGAGUUACACGAACGACCCAAGGAGAUUCAAAUAUGAGAUCAAAGCUAUUCCAUUACAACAAAAACCCAUCGGGAAUAACAGUGAGGUGACAGGUGACAGCGCAUGUGUCGCGUCGUCCAGCAAAGUAACAGACUUGAGGAUCGGUGUUGCAAGCUUCUGUAAAGCCUUCCCCUGGCAUUUCGUUACGGACAAACGACUAGAACUCGUGCAAUUAGGUGGCGGUUUUAUGAGAUUAUUUGGCACGUAUUUGGCGACACAUGGCUCCGCGCUGGGGACAUACUUCAGAUUAUUACGUCCCCGCGGCGUGUCACUGGAUUUUCGUGAAAUUUUAAAAAGAGUCAACACGCCGUUUAUGUUUUGUUUGAAAAUUCCCGGCUCCACUUCACUGGCAGAGGGUCUCGAGAUAAAAGGCCAGAUGGUGUUUUGUUCGGAGUCAGAUUCACUCCUAUUCGUCGGGUCGCCAUUCCUCGACGGCCUCGAGGGUCUCACUGGCAGAGGGCUCUUCAUAUCUGACAUUCCAUUACAUGAUGCUACAAGAGAUGUUAUUUUAGUUGGAGAACAAGCAAGGGCUCAAGAUGGUUUAAGAAGAAGAAUGGAUAAAUUGAAGAAUUCAAUAGAAGAAGCUAGUAAAGCGGUUGAUAAGGAACGAGAAAAGAAUGUCAGUUUAUUGCAUUUAAUAUUUCCACCUCAUAUUGCAAAAAGAUUAUGGUUGGGAGAGAAAAUUGAAGCGAAAAGCCACGAUGACGUAACAAUGCUGUUCAGCGAUAUCGUCGGCUUCACGUCUAUCUGUGCGACCGCCACGCCUAUGAUGGUCAUUGCUAUGCUCGAGGAUUUAUACAGCGUGUUUGAUGUGUUCUGUGAAGAAUUGGACGUGUACAAGGUGGAGACAAUCGGCGACGCAUAUUGCGUAGCCAGUGGUCUACAUCGUAAGAUAGAGACGCACGCUCCCCAGAUCGCUUGGAUGGCGUUACGUAUGGUGGAAACUUGUGCCCAACAUCUUACACAUGAAGGACAUCCGAUAAAGAUGCGUAUCGGUCUCCAUACUGGUACGGUGCUUGCUGGGGUGGUUGGAAAAACAAUGUUAAAGUAUUGCCUCUUUGGACAUAAUGUAACUCUGGCUAACAAAUUCGAAUCCGGAUCAGAACCACUCAAGAUAAACGUUAGUCCUACCACAUAUAAGUGGCUCAUAAAUUUCCCCGGCUUCGAAAUGGAGCCGCGAGAUCGCUCCUGCCUUCCGAACUCGUUCCCCAAGGAUAUACCGGGAACAUGCUACUUUCUGCAUAGAUACAAGCAUCCGGGGACUGACCCAAGCGCCUCACAGGUACAGCACAUACAGGAUGCUCUAAUCGAUUUCGGAAUCGGACAAGGGAAGUCAGUCCACGUUGAUAAUGAAGAACCUACAUAAUUACUACAAAUAUUACCUAGAUUUAAACAAUCUUUUGAAUUAAUAAUUGAAAUAUAUCAUUUGUAAAUAGCUUCAUUUUAAAUCCUGUUUCAAAUGCCUUAAAUACUCAUAUUAACUAUAUUGUAAUUAAAAUUUCAACAUACUGUAGAAAUCUAUGUGAGUAUUCAUAGUAGCACGUAAUAUUGCUUAAGAAUUUGCUCACAGAAUAAAUAAUUUAUUAGAUUAAUAUAAGAUCUCUGCUUGUAAAGGAUUAGUUAUUACGUUUUAACAAGUCAUUAAAUUUAAGAUAAUAAAAUAUGAAAGUAUAGAUAAAGAUCUAUUUAAAUCUCUACACGAACCUAUAGUUUUCUCUUUCUUUCUAAAGUAGAAUGAGAGUGAUAGCAGUUCAGUAUCAAGGCCGAAUAUUGAAACGAAACUUAAAAACUCGCUUUAUAAGAGCCUGUUACAUUUUAUAUCAGUAUUCGGCCAUGCGUUUUAAAUGUAGUAUUUUUUCUUAUAUGGUAAAACAUUUUAGUGAUACAGAAUACUACUUUUGUACAUAGUUUUCUACGCAAAUAGAAUAACUUAGACAACAUUAAGACGAUGAGAGAUAUAACUUAGAUAAAAAACAAUAACUUUAGGAAUUUAAUACGCUCUAGAUUUGGAGCUUAUGUUAAAUCUAUUCAAUCUAAUAAGUUCCCAGUAUUUUACUACUUAUGAUAUUAAAUAUUGAAAAUCGGUUUCUUUCAUUCUGAUCUCAAAAUUUUUAAUAAUAUCGAGAUCUUGUUCUCAAUUUUGACGCAGACGCCAGAUGUUAAAUUUUCGAGAUUCAUUUAUCUUAAAAUUAUCAAUAAUUCUAUUAAAUAUGAAUCUACAAAAAUGUAACAAAUUACUAGUUUCGAAGAACAUAGGCUACGGAAAAGAAAUAAUCAAAUAGUGAGAAUAAAACAGUGUUGGAUUGCGAAAUACAUUUUUUCUCUUACCAUCCCAAAAAGGUUAGAAAAUUAAAAGACUUGUCCUUUAAAAUAAACAAAUUAUUCAACUAAUUAGCGUAAAGUCAAGUUCUACUUUGUUUUAAAUCUUGUGAAAAUUUGAAAUGACAGAAAGCACUUACUAAUCAGACAAAUAAAGACAUUCGAAGCUACUGACGACAUUAAACUUAUAACAAAAAUGAAAACUAUUUAAAAAUAUAUUUGUAACACCAAAGAAACUAGAAACAAAAUUUAUAUUACUUAUACUGAUGUUAAUUCUAACAUAGAGUCAAAUACUGAAACGUUAUUUAAAUAUGGAACGGCGUCUGAAAUGUUAAAGCCAUGUUUAAAUAUCGAAUUGCAUUAAAACGUCUUAACAGAUUAUAAUCGACGCUUGCGUUUAAGUUUAAAAUUCGUUUCAGUAUACAACUGAACGUCUUUACAUGUAUACUUUCUCGUUGUGAUUUAGGACGUUAAUCGUAAGUUCUUUUGUUUCUACCAUAAUUAGAUUAUUAUUAAUGUUAUUAUAACAAGCCUUUUUCAUCCUUCUGUAUUUUAAUACCAUCAUUCUGUGAGUGAUGUUUUAUUGUGAACGAACACUUAACAAAUCUAGUCACAGCCAUAGUCUUUAAGGUAAUUUUGUGUACCAAAGUAUAUUAUUUUUUAAUAUUUCAACCCAGUACAAAUGUAUAUCGCUCUAGAGAAUAAUCUUAAUAAUUAAUAGCAAUUAAUUACAACCUUUCAUUGAUGUAUAUUUCAACAAAAAUCAUUUAAGUAGUAAUUUUAUGUAAUGUGUGAAGUAGCUGUGAAUUUCCACUGUACUCAAACCUGUAUAUAUUGUUAUUCUUGUCAUUCUAUUUGGAAGAUAGAGAUAGCAAUAUUUUACAGUUAACAGCAUUGAAAUUAUACUAUUCUAUUGAAAAUGUACGAGAGAAUCUCAUGUGUUAGCUUUUAAUUAUAAAGCUUUACUAUUUUGCUAUUAAGACGAUGUAAAUACAUUUGAAUCUGGGAUAAUUACGACUUACGUAGAUAUAAUGCGAUUGGCAGUAGAUAUAGAAUAAGUUAAAAGCUUAAAAUUAAAACGUAUAUCGUAGCGCAUUAGAUCCGAAGCUUUAUCGAAGGAAAUUAAGUCUUUUGAAGGUCGAUUUAAGAUCCAUUAUCCCUAAUGCUUAAGUAGAUAUUUCUAAUGGCAAUUACAUUUGCUACAGGAUGUUCAAAUUUUCGUUUUAUACCAACUCUUUUGAGGUAAAUAAAUUAAAUCUUUUCACUUGAGCACCCGCCCGUAUUGCUGGAACUAAAUUCACUGAACAAAUUUACUGUUUGGUUUUAAACACUUUGAAUUAAUUCAACUAUAAACAUAGCUUUAUUUAAAUUUAUUUUUAAACCUCUAUGGUUACUAUUAGGGCCUAAAGAGUUAUAUUAUUUCUAUGGAAUUUUAUGAGUAAUUUUAGUAUUGUAAAUUUAUUCUUUUCUAAAAACGUCGUUUUUGCUAUUUUAAGCAUGCUACUAGUCAUUCGCUAUUUAAGAAAUUUGUAUAGCAUUAAAAUUAAGAGUACUUACUAUACAUAAUUUAUGAAAAAGCGUACGUUCUAAAGUAGAAUUUAUUCUCAAAGUAGGAAGUACUAGAAUUCCAUAAAUAUUUCGCUAGGAUAUAGAAUUAGAUAUUAAUUUCUUCAACGCAAUAUUUAAUAUAAUUAAAUGAAAUUGUAAAAAAAAGAUAGUCUGUUUUUAAUUUAU